UGGUUAUAGCAGAAUUUGCUUUACUUGAUUCUAAAAGCUUAAAGCUUUGAAAAGCUGCUACUUUUGCAUCUCAUACUUCCAGAUGAGUAAGACACAGCAAUAUCAGCUUGUAUUCAAGAGAAGUUUCAUUUCUUUUUCUGGUGUUGGAACCAGCUACCCACAUCUGUGUGUGCUACAUAAGGCAACUAUACAUGGUGGUGGGAAAGCAUCCACCAAUGGCUUCAGCUAUGUCAGGAUCACACUUGAGGGGCUCUGAGAUGCUGUUGUAUUUACACAACUGAUGGCUUUGUUUUUCUUUUUUUGUAAUUUGGAGGUGGGAUCUUGCUGUGUUGCCCAGGCUGAAUUCCAACUCUUGCGCUUAAGCAGUCCUUCUGCCUUUGACCUCCUGAAUAGCUGGGAUGUGUAGGCAUCCACCACUGUACCUUGUCAAACUGAUUUUGUCCCCUCCGUUUUCUUCGACACAAAUGUGUUUCAAUGGUCAUGAAUGCCUUUAAUGAUAUCAGUUGCAAAAUCCGUAUCUUUAAAUUUGGCCCCGAAAGUUCUCUGGUUUUCCAUCAGAGACCUUGUACUCUCUAAACCAGUCCAGAGUAGCCUCUAGGUAGUGAGGUUUCAGCCAUUUGACAUUAUUAAUAUGUUUACUAUUUGUCACAAGGGAUACAACUCAGGAACAGCCAGGUGGAAGAGAUGUGUAGGUAUGUGGGAAGGGACGAGGAGCUUCUGUGCUCUCUCCAGGUGGAUGUGUCACCCUCCUAGCACCUCCAUGCCUUUAACAAACCAGAAGCUCCUCCAUAUAUUUUCUUAAUCAGUACUGUAUUCUACCUCAGUCAUGGCCACUGGUCAGAGCUUCAGAUGGCUUAGAGAAUAAGCCUUCCACUGUCAUCUGUGAAGACUUGCGGCACCUGACACCUGCUCUACCAAUCUCUGCUGCAGCUGAGGCAGUACUUCUGCCCACUGCACAUGGGGUGAUAGAUCCAGAGCCCACAGUCACUUUAAACCAUCUCCUGGAUUGCUCAGCCACCCCUGGGCUGGCACAGAGCUGCCCAGCCAGAACAACAAGGCAGCAGAUGGCUAGACAGAGGACUAUCUCAAACGGAAGAUUCGUUCCCGGCCGGAGAGAUCGGAGCUGGUCAGGAUGCACAUUUUGGAAGAGACCUCGGCUGAGCCGUCCCUCCAGGCCAAGCAGCUGAAGCUGAAGAGAGCCAGACUAGCCGAUGACCUCAAUGAGAAGAUUGCACAGAGGCCUGGCCCCAUGGAGCUGGUGGAGAAGAACAUCCUUCCUGUUGAGUCCAGCCUGAAGGAAGCCAUCAUUGUGGGCCAGGUGAACUAUCCCAAAGUAGCAGACAGCUCUUCCUUCGAUGAGGACAGCAGUGAUGCCUUAUCCCCCGAGCAGCCUGCCAGCCAUGAGUCCCAGGGUUCUGUGCCGUCACCCCUGGAGGCCCGAGUCAGCGAACCACUGCCCAGUGCCACCUCUGCAUCCCCCACCCAGGUUCUGUCUCAACUUCCGAUGGGCCCGGAUUCCAGAGAAAUGCUUUUCCUGGCAGAGCAGCCUCCUCUGCCUCCCCCACCUCUGCUGCCUCCCAGCCUCACCAAUGGAACCACUGUCCCCACUGCCAAGUCCACCCCCACGCUCAUUAAGCAAAGCCAACCCAAGUCUGCCAGUGAGAAGGCACAGCGCAGCAAGAAGGCCAAGGAGCUGAAGCCAAAGGUGAAGAAGCUCAAGUACCACCAGUACAUCCCCCCGGAUCAGAAGCAGGACAGGGGGGCACCCCCCAUGGACUCGUCCUACGCCAAGAUCCUGCAGCAGCAGCAGCUCUUCCUCCAGCUGCAGAUCCUCAACCAGCAGCAGCAGCAGCACCACAACUACCAGGCCAUCCUGCCUGCCCCGCCAAAGUCAGCAAGCGAGGCCCUGGGAAGCAGCGGGACCCCCCCAGUACGCAGCCUCUCCACUACCAAUAGCAGCUCCAGCUCGGGCACCCCUGGGCCCUGUGGGCUGGCACGUCAGAACAGCACCUCACUGACUGGCAAGCCGGGAGCCCUGCCGGCCAACCUGGACGACAUGAAGGUGGCAGAGCUGAAGCAGGAGCUGAAGUUGCGAUCACUGCCUGUCUCAGGCACCAAAACUGAGCUGAUUGAGCGCCUUCGAGCCUAUCAAGACCAAAUCAGCCCUGUCCCAGGAGCCCCCAAGGCCCCUGCCACCACCUCUAUCCUGCACAAGGCUGGCGAGGUGGUGGUAGCCUUCCCGGCGGCCCGGCUGAGCACGGGGCCAGCCCUGGUGGCAGCAGGCCUGGCCCCAACUGAGGUGGUGGUGGCCACGGUGACCAGCAAUGGAGUGGUGAAGUUUGGCAGCACGGGCUCCACACCCCCUGUGUCUCCUACUCCCUCAGAGCGCUCACUGCUCAGCACGGGUGAUGAAAACUCCACCCCCGGAGACACAUUUGGUGAGAUGGUGACAUCACCUCUGACGCAGCUGACCCUGCAGGCCUCGCCACUGCAGAUCCUCGUGAAGGAGGAGGGCCCCCGGGCCGGGUCCUGUUGCCUGAGCCCUGGGGGGCGGGCGGACCUAGAGGGGCGCGACAAGGACCAGAUGCUGCAGGAGAAAGACAAGCAGAUCGAGGAGCUGACGCGCAUGCUCCGGCAGAAGCAGCAGCUGGUGGAGCGGCUCAGGCUGCAGCUGGAGCAGGAGAAGCGAGCCCAGCAGCCCGCCCCCACCUCUGCCCCUCUCGGCACCCCAGUGAAGCAGGAGAACAGCUUCUCCAGCUGCCAGCUGAGCCGACAACCCCUGGGCCCUGCUCACCCAUUCAACCCCAGCCUGGCAGCCCCAACCACCAACCACAUAGACCCUUGUGCUGCGGCCCCGGGGCCCCCGUCCGUGGUGGUGAAGCAGGAAGCCAUGCAGCCUGAGCCCGAGCUGGUCCCCGCCCCCCAGCUGCUUCUGGGGCCUCAGGGCCCUGGCCUCAUCAAGGGGGUUGCACCUCCCACCCUCAUCACUGACUCCACAGGGACCCACCUUGUCCUCACCGUGACCAAUAAGAAUGCAGACAGCCCUGGCCUGUCCAGUGGGAGCCCCCAGCAGCCCUCAUCCCAGCCUGGCUCUCCAGCGCCUGCCCCCUCUGCCCAGAUGGACCUGGAGCACCCACUGCAGCCCCUCUUUGGGACCCCCACUUCUCUGCUGAAGAAGGAACCACCUGGCUAUGAGGAAACCAUGAGCCAGCAGCCCAAACAGCAGGAAAAUGGUUCCUCAAGCCAGCAGAUGGACGACCUGUUUGACAUUCUCAUUCAGAGCGGAGAAAUUUCAGCAGAUUUCAAAGAGCCACCAUCCCUGCCAGGGAAGGAGAAGCCAUCCCCGAAGACAGUCUGUGGGUCCCCCCUGGCAGCACAGCCAUCACCCUCUGCUGAGCUCCCCCAGGCUGCCCCACCUCCGCCAGGCUCACCCUCCCUCCCUGGGCGCCUGGAGGAUUUCCUGGAGAGCAGCACGGGGCUGCCCCUGCUGACCAGUGGGCAUGAGGGGCCAGAGCCCCUUUCCCUCAUUGACGACCUCCAUAGCCAGAUGCUGAGCAGCACUGCCAUCCUGGACCACCCCCCGUCACCCAUGGACACCUCGGAGUUGCACUUUGUUCCUGAGCCCAGCAGCACCAUGGGCCUGGACCUGGCUGAUGGCCACCUGGACAGCAUGGACUGGCUGGAGCUGUCCUCAGGUGGUCCCGUGCUGAGCCUGGCCCCCCUCAGCACCACAGCCCCCAGCCUCUUCUCCACAGACUUCCUUGAUGGCCAUGAUUUGCAGCUGCACUGGGAUUCCUGCUUGUAGCUCUCUGGCUCAAGACUGGGGGUGGGGAAGGGGCUGGGAGCCAGGGAGCCAGGGUACUCCAGUGCGUGGCUGUCCUGUGUGAUUUGGCCUCUCCACAUGGUUGUGAGUCUUGACAAUCACAGCCCCUGCUUUUUCCCUUCCCUGGGAGGCUAGAACAGAGAAGCCCCUACUCCUGGUUCAGUCUCACCCAGGGCAGAGGAGAGCAGCUGUCAAGAAGCAGCCCUGGCUCUCACGCUGGGGUUUUGGACACCCGGUCAGGGUCAGGGGGCACUGUCUGGCUACAAUUUGGCUAAGGUAGGUGAAGCCCGGCCAGGAGGCUUCUCUUCUGACCCAGGGCUGAGACAGGAAGGGGAUUCAUCCCUUAACCUUUCUCUCCCUGCUUUGCUGUGAAGGGAGAAAUUAGCCUGGGCCUCUACCCACUAUUCCCCGUGUCUGCCAACCCCAGGGUCCCAGGGCUUCCUGGGAUGGGGCUCCCUGCCAUUUUAGUGUCUUGGUGUAGUGUAACCAUUUAGUGGUUGGUGGCAACAAUUUUCUGUACAGGUGUAUAUACCUCUAUAUUAUAUAUCGACAUACAUAUAGACAUAUAUUUUUGGGGGGGUAUAGGAGAUGGGUGCAACUCCCUCCCAUCCUACUCUCACAGAAGGGCCUGGAAGGCCACGGCUCCUGGGGGCCGGAUGCAAGGUUACCCUUGAGCUGUGUGCCACGGUCUGGUGCCCAGUCUGGCAUGCAGCUACCCAGGCCCACCCAUCACGUGUGAUUGACAUAUAGGUACCCUGCCACGGCCUAUGCCCCACCUGCCCUGCUUCCUGGCUCCUUAUCAGUGCCAUGAGGGCAGAGGUGCUACCUGGCCUUCCUGCCAGGAGCUCUCCACCCACUCACAUUCCGUCCCCGCCGCCUCACUGCAGCCAUCGUGGCCCUAGGACAGGAGGAGCUUCACCCUGCUGUGGGGUGGCCAUGAGGUUGUAGCCAUCUCCUGCCCUGGGGCUACUGGUUUCACAUUUUGGGCUGACUCAUAGGGGAGUAGGGGUGGAGUCACCAAAACCAGUGCUGGGACAAAGAUGGGGAAGGUGUGUGAACAACUUUUUAAAAUAAAAACAAAAACACAG